AUGUCUGAAACCCAUCCAGCAGCGGAGGAAUAUCCAACAGAGAUCCAGGAUUACCUUUCAGCCUUCGAGAAAUCUCUCGGUUCUGUAGAUGAGAUGCUCAAGACAAUGAUGUCCGUGUCUAGAAGCGAACUUCUCCAGAAGCUGGAUCCCCUUGAACAAGCAAAAUUAGACCUGGUCUCCGCUUAUACAUUGAAUUCACUGUUCUGGGUAUACCUUGCCACUCAAGGAGUUAAUCCGAAGGAACACCCCGUAAAACAAGAACUGGAGAGAAUACGAACGUACAUGAACAGAGUGAAAGAGAUCGUGGACAGGAAAAAAGCGGCCAAGCUGGACAAAGGCGCCGCGUCGCGGUUCGUGCGGAACGCGCUGUACGAGCCGAAACCGCAAAGCGAGGCUGCCAAGAAAUCUCCUCUUCAGGCAAAAAAGAAGAAAACACACUAGG